GCACGCGGCGCCCGCAGGCCGCGCCAUGGCGGCAGAUAGGCGCGGGGCUCCGGAGCUGCUCGCCCUCAUCCACCAGCACUUGCUCCGCGGCGGGUUCGCCAGGGCGGCCCGAGAGCUGCAGGCGCAGACCGGGCAGAAGCUGCUCCCUUCCCUCUCGGCCUCUCUCGAGGACAUCUUUACCCACUGGGAAAAAACUCCCUCAAAUACCAGGAGAAGAAAGGUGAGUGAUGAUGAAGAAGCCAUCCCUGAAAAGAUCAGAGUUCCUGAUCCCGUGAGCAGCUCUGAGAGCUCAGACAAAGAAGAGGAUGAGAAAGAGAAAGCAAAAGCUGCAAACGCAGUCGGCCUUCCCCUGGCCAGCAACUCGGGAGCGAAUGUAGAAAGCAGUGAAGAGGAUGACUCCUCAUCAGAAGAGGAGACACCAACUGGAAAAGGUGCAGCUGCGGUGCCACCAGCUCUGGUGAGUGGCAAAGCUGCCACCAACUCCUUGCACUCUCCAAAAGUACCCACUGCCCCGGCAGGCAAAGCAGCCGUGCCCUCUGCUGCAAACAGAACUGUGGUCUCAAACAAGCAGCCUCCCAGUGCACCAGCUGCAUCUCCAGCCAAAGCUGGGCAGAAACCGCUUGGUCCUGGGAAGCCUGGACAUGCCACAACAGCCACGACCAGAGUAGGUCAAAGCAAAGCACUGGUAUCGACCAAAGCACCAGAAAGCUCCAGCAGCAGCUCCUCGUCAGAGAGUGAUGAGGAACAAGAGACACCGGCUGCAAAGGGCCCAGCUCCCAGAGUGGAGGCAAAGCAGGCAGCUGGGGCUUCUGAGAGCAGCAGUGAGGAAUCAAGUGAUGAGACAUCCUCCGAGGAGGAGGUUGCAGCUCCAGUGGUCCAGGCAAAACCAGCUGUGAAAACAGUGCCGGUUAAUACAGGGCCUGUGAAAAGUGUACCAGCUACUCCAGCAUCUGUCAAGACGAAUGCAGUGAGGCAGACAGCAGUGGCACCAACCCAGGCCAAACCUGCACCCACAACGGUUCCUACAACGGUUUCUGGGGCUGCAAAGCCCGAUGACACAUCAGAGAGCAGCGACUCAUCAGACAGUGAAGAUGAGGAACUUCCAUCAGUAACCCAGACAAAGCCACCUCCAAAAUCCUCCCAAGCAGUCCCGUCCCCAAUGAAACCUACACCAGCAGCAUCACUCUCCGGCAAAGCAGCUCCAGCAAAAACACUUCCCGUCUCCCAGGGGAAGCCAACAGCGAAGCCAACACCAAAGCCAGCAGUGCCACAGCAGGCCAAAACCACACCGGGAAGGACUGCUGCUCCCACAAAGCCUGCUGAAAGUGCAAAGCCAGUGGAGAGCUCUGACUCCUCAAGCAGUGAAGAGGAGGAUCAUCCUGUGCCUGUCAGCCAGAAGAGGUUAACAGAACAGCCUGGGCCUGCUCCCAACCUGAGCCAGGCUCCUAAAGCAGCGGGAAGCACCUUGAAAAACCAGACCUCAGAAAGUGAGAGCAGUGACACUUCUGACAGUGAAGAGGAGGCCCCUGCAGCACGAACACAGCCUCUGCAAUCUGUGAAAACCAAUGCUGUGCCACAGCCAGCAAGUGUAAAGAAGGCACCAGCUCCAGCAGCAGCCCCAGCCCCAGCCCGUCCUCCUGUGGAGAUCAGCGAUGAUUCCAGCGAAGAGUCAGAUUCAGAGGAGGAAAUAGUGCCCCCUUCUCAGAUUCUGCCCCAGCAGAACGUCAAAGCAGCCAAGGUUUCGAGUCCAGUGGCUGCUAAAGCUAAUGCCACGCUGCCGCAAGAGAAGGGGACAGAAGCACCUCCUGCCCCUCCGGGUAUCAGAGUGUCCAUCAGCUCAUGUAGCGAUUCCUCAGAUGAAGAGGUGGUAGCACAAAAGGUCCCCAUUGCUUCUAGCAUAAAGCAAACGGUUCCGGUGGGGAAAGCUCCCCCAGCCAGUGCUGCCACACCACAGGCUGCUCCGCUCCUGGGAAGCCCCACGGUCAAGUCGAGCAAGCCAGGCCUGAAGCCAGCACAGCCCACCCACCUCAACCAGGCUGUGCAACCCACCCAGGAAGAGGAGUCCACGGACAGCAGUUCCUCAGACAGCAGCGAUGAGGAGGCACCCAAGCAACCCCCCAAGCCUGGCUUGCUGCAGAAACCGGGGGGGACCCAGACAGCCCACAGCUCCUCCUCGGAGUCCAGUGAGGAGGAGGAGGAGGAGGAGGAGGAGGAGGAGGCGGCAGCAGCAUCACAGUCCCUCCUCACAGGCUAUUCGGGCCCCUCCAGGACCCCAGCGACACCACAGACACCAAAGACUAUUCCCCUCCAGCCUGUGGGCAAAGCAGGGCAAGGAAAAGCAGCCGUGACUGCUGCCAGCACCCACACCAGGGCCCCUGUGAAAGCAGCCCCAGCCAGCAGCUCUAGCAGUGACAGCAGUGACUCUGACACAGACGUGGACCAGGUGGCUACGAACCACAAAGCAGAGAACAACCGUCCUCCUCCAGGGCAGGAAGCCCCAGGAGCCUCCAACACAGAGACAGUGGCAAGAAAAAUGGAGCCAGAUCAUGCCAGCCUCAAGCCUUCCCCAGCCAAGAAAGUCCUGCCUGUAAAAGAGAAUGAUGUUGGGGCAAAAGGUGCACAAAUGACCCCAGCAUCCAUCCCACAGUCAAAGGAGUCAAACUUGGGGAUUGAAACCGGGAUUACUGGGGCCAAAGUUCCUUCAGUGCAAAACCCAGUGGAAGGGCUGGAAGGGAAGAAGAAGAAGAAAAAGGAUAAAAAAGAAAAGAAGGAGAAGAAGAAGUCUUCCUCCACAGCAAACAAGGCUGCGAAACCAGCAAAGAGCAAAGAGAACAAGAAACAGAAAGCAUCUCACAAGCGGAAACAUCCAGAAGAGGAUGGGGCUGUGGGGCAGCCCAAGGAGAAGAAGCAGAAAGUGCAAGCUAAUGAAGAAGUAGCCAAAAAGAAAAAGAAGAAAGUAGCUGGUGAGCUGGGGAAGCUGCCAGGCAGCAAGGAAAAGAAAAAAGGAGCUAAAAAAAAAAAGACUGGAAAGGAAAAGAAGAAGGGCAAAAAGGUGCCUUCUGAAGGGGAUGCUGCAGCAGAUGGCUCUGCCGAGGUUCACAAGAAGAAAAAAAAGAAGAAAACAGCUGAGCCUGAAGGAUUGCGAGAAGGUACCACAUCCCUGAGAUUAAGGAUUUAUGGGUGAAGAUCACACGGCAGAGAGCAAAAGGAAGCUCAUCAGGAGAAUUCCAGCCUUUUUCUUUUGUUUUAAUAAUAAUUUAUAACUUCUUUUAACUGUGACUGUUAGAGCAGAGCAGUGCAACUUUCUGCCUCCUCCUGCCCUGCUGGGGCCCAGAGACUUGGUUAUCGCCCCUCACUCACAAUGGCUCACGUGUUGCACAAGAACUGAACCCAAGGAGGCAGACUGACCAGAGCAGAGCCAGCUUGCAUAAACUUUUUCCUCCUCGUUGACCCCCACCACCUCUUCCUCAUCACAGAGCUAUAUUUUUAAGAGAAACUUUUCCCUUUUUCUGUUCUUUUCCUCUCCCUUCCUGUGAUUUGUGCUGUCCUUUUUGCUACUAUGGAAGAGGGCUCUUGGAUUUACUUUUUAUUCCAAC